AUGUCAUGCGCGGCUCUGAACAUCAUCGCCUUGGCUUCAGUCGUUGCCAGCAGCGUUGUCAUGCUUGUCAAGACCUUCAUCAUCUCCAAGUUCUUCUUCUUCGACGCCUGCAGUCACGUCAUCACAGCCAUCGCUGGUCUCUUCCUCAUCAUUUCAGAAUGCUCGCUCUUCCGCAACUUCUUCGCUCGCAAUUGGCCUCUUCUUAGCCCGGCUCAUGGUUUCGUUACCUUGGGUUGCGCUAUGAUGGCCAUUGGACUCAACCUGCUCGGAAACAUGAACAAGCAAGCCACGAGCCAGGAGUCCCUGGGUAUGCCAUUCUGGCGCCUACUUGUUGCCUCAGGCAUCUUGUGCAUCGUCAUUGGCUUCUUCAACCUUGUUGCUAGCUUCGUCUUCCGCGAUAAGGCCCGCCACAUCACUGCCCGCGCCGUCCGCGCUCGCGGUGCCAUGACACUCUCCGAAUGCGACGUCGAAUCGCAAUACGACCCCAAGCAUAAGGCCUUCACCAUCAACUCCCACCGCACCGGCAGCACACGCAGCAACAUCGGCUGCACGCCUUCCAUGCGCAUGGGCACUCCCCCCAUCGACUGCGGCUCUCCCCAACUCGCCUCACCCACCGAGCAGAACAAUCCCAACCGCCUCUCCCAAUUCAACUUCAACCCAGUCAAUGCAUUCCGUACCGCCCGCCAGUCGUUCCUUCCCAGCUACCACAGCACAUCUCCCACCAAGCCUUGGGCUAACCGACCCGCUUCGUCCAUCUACUCCCGCACCACCUCUGGCGAGACCCAGAAGAAGCGCUUCUGGCAGCGCAAGCACCAGCAAGAAGACGAGGAGAUUCCACGCGUCCCUGAGAUCUCGUAUCCGUUGAAUGUCAACCCGCAGUUCGCGCAUCUUGUUAAGCCUAACCUUGCGCAUCACCCGAGUGUGCGUAGGGGCGAGGACCCGGACUUUAACAAGAUCUGA